AGAGAGAGAGAGAGAGAUAGAGAGAGAGUCUGGAGGGCGGUGUUGAUGUCAGCAUGGUGGGAGCAGGGAUCAGCCCGCUGGAGCCUCCAGAGGAGGGAGAUGACAGCUGAGCCCAGCGCUGUACAUGCUCAUCUGCUCGUCUACUGUGUGGAGACGCAGUAUAGGCUACACCACCUCUAACGCUGAGCUGGUAGACCUCCAGUAGAAGAAGUACGAUAUUAAUGGCAGUGAGCCGCGGGCGACCGAGCAGCGAGUGGACGGAGAACGUUUACCCACCGCUCUUCCCCGGCUAGCGGCUCCAGCAGAGCAGCGAGAGGCUACAGCGAGGACUUUAGUUAGCAGUCAGGUAAUGAGUGAUGAUGGAAGCAGGCUCGGUGGUGCGUGCUGUGUUUGAGUUUCUGCCCAGCGUCUCGGAGGAGCUUCCUCUCUUUGCUGGUGAUGUGGUUGAAGUCCUUAGUGUGGUGGAUGAGUUUUGGCUGCUUGGAAUCAAAGAUGGAGUCACAGGUCAGUUCCCCAGCACUUUUGUUGAAUCUGUCACCAUCCCCACUACGAAGGCAGGAGAGCAACUCUACGUAUGCAUCAGUGACUUCAACUCUUUGGAGCCAGGCAACCUGCCCCUGAAGAGAGGUGAUGUAGUGGCAGGAGAGGCCCCCGUGGAUGCAGUCUGGCAGCGGGGUAGGAAUGCCUGGGGUACACGGGGAGUCUUCCCUGUGUCCUGUGUGAAGGAGCUAGAGCUGUCUGGCCGCUCUAGGCAGCUGAGCGAGCGCAGUGCAGCGGCACAGGCAUCUGAACUCCCCCCUCAUGCUUUGGGCCAGGCCCGUGCUCUCAUGGGCCUCCACGCUCAGCUAGAUGAGGAGCUGGACUUCCGGGAAGGUGAUGUUAUCACCAUAGUGGGUGUGCCUGAACCAGGCUGGUUCCAGGGUGAGCUGGAGGGCAGGACAGGGAUCUUCCCUGAGGGUUUUGUGGAGCUGCUUACACCCCUGCGCUCGAUCCAGCAGGAUCCUGAGCCUCAAAGCCUGGGACAUUAUCACCACGGCAGCGUGGAGGAAGAGGAGCACAUGGAAGAGGAAGAAGAAGAAGAAGACGAAGAAGUGGAGGAGGUGGUGAAGGACAGUGUGGAAAUGGAGGCACAGCAGCAGCACCAGGAAGAAGAAGAAGAUGAGGAAGGAGGUGUUUAUGGAGUUGCUCUGUAUGAAUUUAGAGCUUUGGAGCCUGGGGAACUGGACUUUGACAUUGGAGACAGGAUCCGAAUCCUUGGAACAUUGGAGGAUGGCUGGCUGGAGGGGCAGCUGCGAGGCAGAAGGGGCAUUUUCCCCCACAGGUUUGUUAAAAUGGACACACAGCUUCAGGCUGUGCCCCAAGUGCAGGUUAUGAGUGAGGAAACAACCACAUCUGAGAAAGAAGAGGGUGACAGUUAUACUUCUGAUUACAAUUCAAGUCAACAAGACCACACUGUACCAGAGUAUGACCAGGAUUGUGCAACCCAUGAGGACCACACUGUGUGGGAUCUGGACUACUUUGAGCGAAGGGAGGAAAGCAAAGAGACCUCACAAUCUAAAAGCAACUCUCAAGAUAGGGAAGUGGCUCAGAGGCAACCUCAGACCCAUCCAAGGAGGAGAGAGAGGCCUCCGCCACCGCUUAUACAGCCCAAUCGGACAGACAGCUCAGCCCACAGAACAGUCCAGAGGACUAACUCGGGUAGCCCAACUCCUCCUAGACCACGGCUGCCUCCCAGGCCCAGCCUCCAUGCGCUCAACAACAGGCAGCAGAGUAUGGGCACUCGCAAUAACCUACCUGAACCUCCUCCAGUUCCCACUACCAGGAGCCAGAGUCUACACCCACCUGGAAGAACCUCUACAAGCCUUCAAAGUAAUUUCUCUCGGUCCAGAAACAAUGGCCACUACGCCUCCCAUGAUGGCAGGAACCCCUUCUCAAGCAGAAGUUCUGCCAGCCAGAUGGAGAAGAACAGACAGAAGAAGUUGACCCGCCACGCCAGCGUCACCGAUUCUGACCUUAGUUCCUGUGCUCAUAGUGAGAAGUGGGCCUGGCCUGAGGGGCGGGGCACCAAUGGCCUGUCAGCCUCUCACACACUGGACUCAUUAGCCGCAUGUGCAGGUGACCUGGAGGCCAAGCUUUCCCAGCAGCUGCUGGAGUUUGAGAGAAGUCUUCCAGGUCAUGGAGGCGGGGCAAAUGAAGAGCAAGGUAGGAGGGAGGAGCUUAACCACAGUUGGAGAAACAAAGUGUCCCGCCACUUCUCCAUCCUGGACUACAGUAGCGAGAGUGAUAUAAUUAGAGGCUCCUCAUCUCACCCCUCACUGGACUGCCCCUUGCCCCCCAUCUCCUCCCAUUCUGGCUCAGCCUCCUCUCUAGAGAGACGGAAGACGCUCCGACCCCCUCCACCCCGUCCCAGGAUUCUGAGACCACCAGCACCUUCUAGCUCCCACACUCAUGCUCCUCUUACAAAUGGCCGAGCCGCUCCACAGCCUUAUAGGCCGGCCCGCAGAGCUCCCCGCCCGCCUCCACCUUGUCCUCGCCCUACCUCUGAUGCACCCCGUCCUCCUCAACAGAGCUCUAACCUUUUAUUCUCUGCUGAGGAGGAGGAGGUGCUGCAUGAGGAUGUGAUGAUGGCAGAGGAGGUAGAGGAGGCAGAAGAUGCACUAGAAAGGGAGAGGGAGAUGGAGCAAGAGAGGGAGAGAGAGCAGGAGCAGUACAGACUUCUUCUCAGGCUUGAGGAGGUCGAGAGGGACAUUGAUAUGUACACAAACACCGCCCAGGAGCUGCGUGCCAUGCUGGAGGAAGAAGAGCAGGAGGAUGAGACAGCGCGGCAGCAGGCAAUGGAGAACCUGGAGUUCUGCACCUACACCCUGGAGACACUGACUCUAGAGCAGCAGCAGUUACGAGAGAUGACACUGCUGUCAGCCCAACCUAAAUCUCUAGAGUCAGCCCCAGCCUCUGCAGCCUCCACAGAAGACCCUGAGCAGAGAAUGCUUGAGAAAAGGUCAAAGGUCAUAGAGGAGCUUCUGCAGACCGAGGCAGACUAUAUAAAAGACUUGCGGAUGUGUAGGGAAGAGAUCAUUGAACCCUUAAAGGAAAAACAGGUCCAGAAUGUAGACUUUGAUGGUCUUUUUGGCAACAUUGACUCUGUAAUUGAUCUCUCAAGUCGGCUUAAUGAAGCACUUCAGGACACUGACUCUAUAGGAAAAGUGUUCCUGGACUUCAAAUCAGAGCUGGAGGAGGUGUAUAAGGUCUAUUGUCAGAAUCAUGAUGAUGCCAUCUCCCUGCUGGAGACCUAUGAGAAAGAUGAGAAUAUUCAGAAGCAUGUGUUGGAGUGUCUGGAGAACCUCAGAGCGAUAUACCGUGGGUGGGGGAAAACCAACUACAUAAAUUUGGGUUCAUUCCUGAUAAAGCCUGUGCAGAGAGUGAUGCGUUACCCCCUGCUACUAAUGGAGCUGCUGAAUGCUACGCCAGAGUCCCACCAUGACAGGAAACAGCUGGAAGACGCUGUGCUGUCUGUUAAAGAGAUCAACGGCAACAUCAAUGAGUACAAAAGGAGAAAGGACCUGGUGGUGAAGUACCGCAAAGGUGAUGAGGACAGACUCAUUGACAAGAUUUCCAAGCUAAGCAUGCACUCCAUCAUCAAAAAGUCAAACAGAGUGAGCAGCCAUCUGAAGCACUUGACUGGAAUUUCACCACAGAUAAAGGAUGAGGCAUUUGAUGAAGCAGAGAAGCGGUUUAGACUCCAGGAGCGAUUGAUCAAAUCCUUCAUUAGGGAUAUCUCCCUCUACCUACAGCACAUAAGGGAGUCUGCCUCAGUGAAGGUGCUGUCAGCCAUCAGUUUCUGUGACAUCUACACAGAGCGGCAGCAGCAGCUGGACCCUGAGCGCUUCCAGAGAGCUCAUCGCUGCAUCAGUGACAAGCAGUUCACUCAGUUUAAGGAAAGAACAGAGGCUCUGGUCAUCUCGCCCCUCACCCAGCUGCUCUCCAUGUUUGCUGGGCCCCACAAACUGAUCCAGAAGCGCUUUGACAAGCUUCUCGACUAUGAUAACUGCAAGGAGCGAGCCGACAGGUUGAAGGACAAGCGUGUGCAGGAGGAGCUACAGAUAGCACGGAAUAACUACGAGGCACUGAAUGCCCAGCUGCUAGACGAGCUGCCCAAGUUCCACCGUGCCGCUGAGGAGCUGUUUACCAGCUGCGUGCGGGGUUUUGCCCAGGCCCAGAGGGACUUCAUCCGCCUCACACUAGGCGAGCUCACGCCACUUCUGCAGCUGUCUGGUAUGGGUGGCCCAGAUGGGAACCUGGUUUCGCUGUUUCAGGAAGAGCAUGGCCGAGUGCUUCAGCUGCUACAGAGCUUCAGCUUUUUCCCUGAGAACUUGCCCACCAACCGCAAGCCUUUUGACAGGAAAACUCUAGAGAAACAAACCUCUAAAAAGCCUCUGCAGGGUCCUCCAAAUUUAGUACGGCAGACAGAUGAGCACCGGGCAGGGCUGCUGGCCCGCUAUGGCCCAGAUAAACUCUUCCAGGCUGAAAGGAACUUUAAUGCAGCACAAGACCUGGAUGUGUCCAUAUCAGAGGGUGACAUUGUGGGUGUUAUCAAACAGCAGGACCCCAUGGGCAGCCAGAAUCGCUGGCUCAUAGACAAUGGUGCCACUAAGGGCUUUGUUUACAGUUCAUUUUUAAAGCCCUACAACCCACGUAGAAGCCAGUCAGAUGUCUCCAUUGAAAGCCAGUCCUCCAAUGAAUCAGGUUAUGGCGGCUCCUCACCUGUAUUCUCACGGCAGAACAGCAACAGCACACUGACUUUUAACCAGGAGACAUCCACUGUCAGCUUCUCUACUACUGCACCUUCAGACCAUGCGUGCCCGCGCCCCACUCAGGACUCUGCCCCGUCCCGCAGGAACCCCCACAGAGAUGCUCCAACGCUUAACUGUCCCACCAACAAUCAGAGAGAUUCCCUUGACUCAUCCUACAGGAAUUCUUCCAGUCACAGAGAGCUGUCUGAGACAUCCUAUCAUAAUGCUGCAAAUCACAGAGACUAUUCAGAGCCUUUAUACCAGAAUUUUACCAAUGAUCAAGAUUCCUCAGACUCCAGGUACACUACUCCAGCCAAUCACAGAGACCUUUCAGACUCUUCUGAGACAGACUCUUGCUCCUCCAGUAGGAAAUCGAGACAUGAACCGUCUCAGAGGUAUGCAGCCUACAGCUCUCAGCAGAGGCGGAAUGGGGAAAGUUCAGUGCAGCAGAGGAGGCCUCAGUACCCUAAUGAUGAGUACACAGAGCCUGACCCUGAUCCAGAUGUCGAUGGCCAUCAGAUAUAUUAUGCUCUCUAUUCAUUCAGUGCACGAUGUGCAAAUGAGCUGAGCAUCUCGGCCAACCAAAGAGUACGAAUUCUGGAGUUUCAGGACAUGAAUGGCAACCAAGAGUGGUGGCUAGGAGAGGCAGGAGGACGAAGGGGCUAUGUUCCCUCUAACUACAUCCGCAAGUCAGAGUACACCUGAGCGCUGCAUCCAUAUGAGGAGAUCCAGAGAGCACUCCAACUAGCCCCAGCUCACCACAAAUAAGCUCAGCUGAGGAGACAGGCUGACGAAAUGACAAUAUAGUGCCUUUACUCUAUGGGAUAUGAGUUGAUGUGGUGAAAAAGAAAAGAAUUCUUUUGGAACUGGUGAUUGCUGCUGAUGGGAAGAGAAUAUGACUCUCCUUGACUGGAUUUAUGACUUCCCUAUUUUUUUUUCAUUCUGUUCUGGACUGUAACCUCUGAGCUCUUCUUUGUGGCUCUUACAAGAAGCAAUUUGGCACUGUGUGUUUUGGUUUUGCAGAAAGAAAUAAGAUGGACUGUUUGACAGUAGGGGUUUUGUUCAAGAUUCUAAAUGCACUAUGAAUGCCUACAAUCAUAUACAGUUGGAUGGGACCAGUCCAAGAAUAGUGCUAGCACUUAUCUGGUAUACUAAAUUAAAAGAGAUUUACCAUGAAGUGCAACCUGUGUUGUAUGUUUGCCUGACACUGGAAUGAGCAAUUCAGAUGAUGGUGUGAGAGUGGAUGCCUGUUUUGCUGGAGAUUGAAGCAGUGGUUUGAGUGGUGGUGUGCUGGAGACAUCUAGCCUUGAUUGUUUGGCAAUCAUUGAGACAGACAUGUCUCUCAUUCACCUGCUCCAGGUUAAUCCAUGUGAACAUGACAGAAAACUUUUGGAUUUUUCACAGGAUUCAGAACAAAUUCUAUAUCUACUGAACAAUAUUUAGGUUUUCUGAGAAUCUGAAUGAAAUAAGGCAUAUAUGAGGCAUAUUUUAUACAGUACAGUAAUUCUGUCUUUUUCUGCCUUUUUUCCAGUUUCAGAGUGCAUUGUUCCUUUUGAUACACUCACUUGUGCAUGAGUUUUUAGGAGCUAGAACAAUCUUGGGGUUUGACAAAUAGUGAGUGAAAGUUCAACCACUGGUACAAGUAAGAUCCCAGAGGGCCUUCUCAUGUUUCUCAUAUCCAGAUGCUGUUUAUGACUCUCAUCCUAUCAUUCAUCUCUCAUGCUGUAUAGGAAAAUGUAUUUCUGUCCUCCAGUGUCAAGUGAUCUGUUCCUUUUUUUAUUUGAAUAAAAAAUCAAGAAAAACCUA